GCGCGGUUGUAACGAAGAAAAGAGAAAAUAAUCGACGCGAGGUCGAAAGGGUCUAUUCUACGAUUACGGACCAGUGAGCCAUCGACCAGCAAGGAUUGUGCAUCGAAUACAUUGUUAAUUUACAAGCUCUUGAGGGCACAUUAAAGCAAGAUGAGGCGAUCAGCCUUAAGAUUAGGGAUCGCCCUGGUCUUAUUCAUCGCUAUCGAUGCUUUUCCUAAGAUACGACAGGAGCGCAGCGUCGAUCUCAACGAGCAACACAAACUCGAGUCAGUUUGCAUCUGCGACGAUUUGCGGCCCAAGAGCUACAUCCUCGAAAUCGAACCACUGGUGCAGGAGGCUAAAUUCAAGGGUCGAGUGCGCAUCAAUGUAACUUGGUCCGAGCGAGCGGACAAGGUCAUGCUCCACGUGCAUCCGGACUUGCAGAUUUCACACUCCAAUGUAAGGGUGACGAGGCUCAACGACGUCGUCGACGAGUCCGACAGCAAAAGCCAAGAGGAGGAAGUAAAAGCUCCAGCGCCAUUGAAAAUUCUUAAAAUUGAGCGAAACCCGCGUAAGCUCAUAAUACACCUCGAAAAUAUGUUGAAGAGAAACACGACUUGCGAAGUCGACAUCACUUAUCUCGGCAACAUUACGACUAACGACACAUCGGGAUUAUUCAUGAAUUACUACAUGGAUGCGGCGAAACAAAAACAUACUUACGUCGCUACUUAUCUACGUUUGAACAAUGCACGUAAGAUGUUUCCGAGCUUCGACGAGCUUCAAUACAAGACUAAGUUCCAGCUAAUCCUGACAAGGCCUAAGAACAUGACUGCUCUGUCCAAUACCCCGAUUGAAAAGACUGUACCCGUAGUCGGCGAACAAGAAGUGGUUCAAGACCAUUUCAUGCAAAUACCUGACAUAACUACCUACCAGGUGGCCUUCGUGAUCUCGGAUUUCGAGAGUUUAAGUCCAACAAAGAAGGUCAAUGCGAUAGAUGGGCGAGAAUUGCAGGUUCGAGUCUGGGGUCGUAAGGAGUAUCUUGACGCGCUCAAGGACGUGCCGGACAAAAUUGUAACAAUUGUCAACUACAUGCAGGAUUAUUUCAAUAGUUCGAUCGGGUUGCCGAAACUCGACGUGAUCGCGAUGCCAAUAUACACGGCUAGCAAAGCAUCCGAUAAUUGGGGCUUGAUGAUUUUCAAGGAAUCAGAGCUCAGCAGCCCACUUAUAUGGAACACGGCUUACGAACUAACCUACCAAUGGAUCGGACAGUUAAUUACACCUUUUCGCUGGAUGGAUGCUUCAGAAAAUAAGGGUCUCAAUUCGUUUUUGGCAUCUAAAACCACUAUGGACAUCAAUCCGGACGAGUUGAAAGGUAAAUGGCCCAUGAACAUCUUGUAUUCGUUAUACUACGGUUACGGAAAAACUUUUGGAGCCAAUAGAAUCACCGGAAUCAUUCGCGACGCCAAAUUUGCCAAGAUCGAGCUGGUAUUCCGAAUGUUUUACUACAUUCUCGGCAAAGACAAUUUCAAAACGAGCAUGAGGCACUUUAUCAAGUCGCGGGUGAUGGCUGAACCAGACCUGGAAAAGGGUCGCGACACCAGGACGUUCACGCAAAAGGACAUCUACGACAGCAUCAAUGCAGUGGCGGAAACGCAAAAGUCUCUGCCCGAUAAGUUGACUAUUAACGAAAUAGCAGAUUCGUGGAUCGAUCAGGAGAGGCUACCGCUGGUAACAGUGACGCGCAAUUACGAAAAUGCCACCGUCACUUACAGCCAGAAACCAUACGUGAGAGAAACGCGUAAAUCGCCCAACAGCUGGGAGAGUACCUAUCGUUGGAACAUCCCUCUGGUGAAGCAGACCCAGAGCAAGUGGAACAACGAUGACUACUCGCCAAAGACAUGGUUAUUGACGACGAUGCCGAAAGACGGCCUCAAUGUACCCAGCAGCGAGGACAAAAAUGAAUUCAUCGUUAUUAAUCCGCAAGAAAUCGGACUGUUUCCGGUAAACUACGACUCGCACAAUUGGCAACUGCUCGCCACGUAUCUACAGAGCUCGAACUUCGAGACUAUACCCACCUUGACGCGAGCUAAACUGCUACACGACUCGUGGAAUCUGGCGUACGCCGACGAGCUCUGCUUCAGCAUAGCCCUCAACAUGACUCUGUCGCUGAGGCACGAGAAGAGCCACAUCGUUUGGGAACCGUUCUUCACGAUGAUCGAUCACGUGGGAAAGCGCAUCGAGGGAUCGCCCGUCUUCUCCAAAUUCGAGGAGUACUCGAGAUUAUUGCUCGAGCCCCUGUACACGGAGCCGUGCGAGGUAGCUCCAGCUAACGAGCCGUCCUGGAAGUCUCAUCUUCGUGGCUUGGCUCGUUACUUCUUGUGUCGCGCCGGUUACGAGCCCUGCAUAGCCGAGGCCCGCGAGCAAUACGCCAAAUGGAUGUCCGAUCCCGAACCUGACAAGGGCAAUCCGGUCGCGAACGAGUUUAUCUGCCCGGUAUUCAAAUGGGGCACCGACGAGGAGUGGAACUUUGGCUUGCAGCGAGUCAUCAAUUUCCCAAAGAACAGCUUGGAGAGGAAGCAAAGCGAGCGCACGUAUCUGCUCAAGACUUUGGCCGGAUGUCCGCAGGAUCCCGCCAAGAUUGAGAGACUACUGAACAUCGCGAUAAUGGAGCGAAACGGUAAUCUGAGCGACGCCGAUUGCCAUCUGAUAUUCGCCAUGCUCACCGGCAACGCCAACGGCUACAAGAUGCUGUUCAAGUUCCUACACGACAACUGGGACCAGGUGAAGCAGCGCCUCGAGAACAAGAAGAACCUCUGGAUCAGCAUCAUACACUCGGCCACGGGCUUCUUCAAUACGCAGGAGGGCUACGACCUCGUGACGAAGCUGCACGCCGAGCGCCAGAAGGAGCUCAGCGACUCCGAGGCCAGUCUGGUGCGCGAGGCCAUGGAGAGCAUCAAGCAGGAGACCAAGUGGAGCGAGAAGAACCUGCCAGCCAUCGAUGCCUGGCUCACGGACAGCCUCGCCAGGAAAGUCAGCGUCGAAAAGGACUUGCUGGAUUACUGGAAAGCAGCGCUCGCUUGUCCUAAAAUCAAUAAUAGUACUUCUGCAGCUGUGUAACUUUUAUAUAUUCAUAAAAAAUACCCGUUAUGCGUUACAAUCCGAUUCGUGCAGUACAACAAAUUGUCACUCAUACUUGUCAAGUUAUAAUCGUAUCAAGCAAGAAUAUCCCAGAUUUUUUUGUAAUGAAUUCCUGUAAUUAGCAGCUUAGCUUUGUAAGUAGUCCCUUGUAAACAUUAAUCAAUCGCUAUUCUUAUAUACUAUAUUAUAUAUAUUAUAUUAUAAAAGAUAUUAUGUUUAUUUUAAGUUUUUUUUGCAGCUAUGUUAUCUUGUUAUACUCUUACCACGUACGAAAGGAUCAAGUGAAAUAUUCUUAAACGACGCAUGCAUCGACAUCCACGUAUAUUUGUAUUAAAACAACACGUUAUUUAUUCAUAAUAAUGGCGGCGCUAGUCCGCAGUAAUGAUCUGUACUCAUUCGUUAUUUCGACAACUGUGAUCUUUGACUCACGAGUAAUUAAUCGUUUUUUAAGUUUAGCCACUUUUCCAUGAUAUGUGAUGUAACUCUAGAUGUAUAGAAGUGUAAAUUUGAAAUUCAAGUCAAUAAACGAUUGCGUAAUCCAGACGAACGAA